GCAUGUACUGGCAUUGAAAACAUUGAUGAAGCUAUUACGUUGCUUGAACAAAAUAAUUGGGACUUAGUGCUUGUAAAAGUAAUAAUGCUCAUUGUAAUGAACUGAGAAGAUAAAUUUACAAAGAAGAAAUGAAUAAUCACCUUUAAUCCCAUCACUUAGAGGCAGCUAUCAAUGGUGUAAUACCCCAGGAAAAUGGCAUUCUACAAAGUACAUGAUAACUUGCCAUAAUUUCAGUAAGUCCUAAAAAUGAAACUUCCCAGAGCACUGAACUUCUUUACCUGAAGAAUCCAGUAUUGACAUGUGGAAUGAUCUUCGUGGCUUUGUGUCAUUGCCAGAAGGUAAAAUUGGAAGAUGAUGCCAAGAGAUCUAUAAUUGUUACAAAAUAACUUCUUUAAUUAAAAAUACACUUGUAGCUUUUCUCUCCUUAAAAUUGGAGACUUUCUAGUUUUGAAUUAAAAGAGCACUCUAUAAAGUCAUAGGAGUGACUAUGGAAGUGAAACUAUAUCAGGACCUGCAUUUGACCCAGCAAGUCACCCAGCUCCAGCUCCUGCUCCCUCUUCCUCCUCGGCAUUUCGACCUGUAAUGCCAUCUAGGCAAAUUGUAGAAAGACAACCUCGGAUGCUGGACUUCAGGGUUGAAUACAGAGACAGAAAUGUUGAUGUGGUACUUGAAGACAGCUGUACUGUUGGAGAGAUUAAACAGAUUCUAGAAAAUGAACUCCAGAUACCUGUGUCUAAAAUGUUGUUAAAAGGCUGGAAGACUGGAGAUGUGGAAGACAGUACGGUCUUAAAAUCACUACAUUUGCCAAAAAACAACAGUCUCUAUGUUCUUACACCAGACUUACCACCACCUUCAUCAUCUAGUCAUGCUAGUGCCCUGCAGGAGUCAUUAAAUCAAAACUUCAUGCUGAUCAUCACCCACCGAGAAGUCCAGCGGGAGUAUAACCUGAACUUCUCAGGAAGCAGUACCAUUCAAGAGGUAAAAAGAAAUGUGUAUGACCUUACGAGUAUCCCUGUACGCCAUCAGUUAUGGGAGGGUUGGCCAACUUCUGCCACAGAUGAUUCAAAUCUCUUUAUCAAACUUAAAUUGAGGAACCAGCUUGAGAUGUGUCUUGCUGAAUCAGGGCUCUCUUAUCCAUGCCAUCGACUGACAGUGGGAAGGAGAUCUUCACCUACACAGACCCGGGAGCAGUCUGAGGAGCAAAGCACCGAUGUUCAUAUGGUUAGUGAUAGUGAUGGAGAUGACUUUGAAGAUGCUCCUGAAUUUGGGGUGGAUGAUGGAGAGGUAUUCGGCAUGGCGUCAACUGCCCUGAGAAAAUCUCCAAUGAUGCCAGAAAACGCAGAAAAUGAAGGAGAUGCCUUAUUACAAUUUACAGCAGAGUUUUCUUCAAGAUAUGGAGACUGCCAUCCUGUAUUUUUUAUUGGAUCAUUAGAAGCUGCUUUUCAAGAGGCCUUCUAUGUGAAAGCCCGAGAUAGAAAGCUUCUUGCUAUCUACCUCCACCAUGAUGAAAGUGUAUUAACCAACGUGUUCUGCUCACAAAUGCUAUGUGCUGAGUCUAUUGUCUCUUAUCUGAGUCAAAAUUUUAUAACCUGGGCUUGGGAUCUGACAAAGGACGCCAAUAGAGCAAGAUUUCUGACCAUGUGCAAUAGACACUUUGGCAGUGUUAUUGCACAAACUAUUCGGACUCAAAAAACAGACCAGUUUCCACUUUUUCUGAUUAUUAUGGGAAAGCGAUCAUCUAAUGAAGUAUUAAAUGUGAUACAAGGUAACACAACAGUGGAUGAGUUAAUGAUGAGACUCAUGGCAGCAAUGGAGAUCUUCACAGCCCAACAACAGGAAGAUAUAAAGGAUGAGGAUGAACGUGAAGCGAGAGAAAAUGUGAAGAGAGAACAAGAUGAGGCCUAUCGCCUUUCACUUGAGGCUGACAGAGCAAAAAGGGAAGCUCAUGAGAGAGAGAUGGCAGAACAGUCUCGUUUGGAGCAGAUUCGAAAAGAACAAGAAGAGGAACGUGAGGCCAUUCGGCUCUCCUUAGAGCAGGCCCUGCCUCCAGAGCCGAAAGAAGAUGCUGAACCCGUGAGCAAACUGCGGAUCCGUACCCCCAGUGGAGAGUUCCUCGAGAGGCGUUUUCUGGCCAGCAAUAAGCUCCAGAUUGUCUUUGAUUUUGUAACUUCCAAAGGAUUUCCAUGGAAUGAGUUCAAGUUACUGAGCACCUUUCCUAGGAGAGACAUAACCCAGCUGGACCCAAAUAAAUCAUUGUUGGAGGUAAAGUUGUUCCCUCAAGAAACCCUUUUUCUUGAAGCAAAAGAGUAAACACGCCCAGCGGUGGAACCAGCCAUUCCUUGACUUGCCUGAGGCCUGCAUCAAGAGAAGGGCUCUUUGCCAACCCACCUACACGCUCGUCUCAUUGAAUUCAGUGUCACACUCUGCCUCUUGCAAGAUUGCUGGAAAAAAGUAAUAAUAAACAUAGCUACUUAACACGUCCCAUCCACGAGUAUAUGUUCCCAGUACAGCUCUGCUGCCCCCCCUCCUCCCUUCACUUGGCCCGGUCAGUGACAAUGCACUGUUCCAGUGUGCGUGACCACAGAAUAGGACCGAUGCCUCUCCAGGGCCCUCUGCCCCCCAGUGUCCAGACAGUUCUGUCUGUCCAGGGACACCAGGUCGCUGUCUGUCGGAUAUGUCUCAUUGAGCCGGAUAUGUCUCAAGGCUCACACACCUGCCUUGUUAUUGUCAUAACUGGAUUUCUACUUUGUCGCCUAAUUUUAAGAGGCAAGGGGAGAAAGUCAAGUGGAACUUCUUGGCCUGGAGAUAGAACAGUAUUGUAGGGGGAAACGCAUAUCAUUUUUGAUGGUACUUUCUGACCUCUUUUACUAAGAUGUAAGGUUGUGUUUGAGGACUGCAUUUGAGAAAUACGCAAGGUAUUUAUUUACUGCUGCUGCCGUGGGUCCCCAGGUUCCAUUUGGAGGUGUUUGCUGUUCCACUGCAGCACAGGAAGCUGUCUGAGCGCAGUGUGGGUGUUGAGGUAUGUGAAGAGGACCGGUUCUAGGACUUGGGUACUGGCCCAGCCACAGGAAGCUGCUGUUAGGUUUGCAUUUGGAGCCUGACGGAUCCCAGCUCCCAGGCUGCCCCUUUAGUGUACGGUGAACGCAGUUCCCUCCUGCUUUUCUCUCCCUCUUUCCUUCUCUAGUUUGGACUUGUCACUUGGUGUGUUAAGCCCCUUGUCUGUCACCAAAAUCUGAUCAGCGGCCCCUUGGACUCAGCCCAGAUGUAAUAAGAAAUUUGUUCCACUUUUUAUUAUUUGAAUGUUUCAAUAUUAGAUAUUGGGCUCCCGUCUCAAAUGAAAAGGAUCUCAUCUGGUGGCUGAGAAUUCUGAUGUCAUAUAUUUAAGGAGCAGACUUGGGGGCUCAGCUCAGAAGAUGUGUGUUGCCUGAACCCACGUGUGGUGAUUGUGGGAUGAUUUAGUAUAUGUGGACUUUUGUUAAUCUAUGGAUUUGGGGUUUAGAGUCCAGUUCACUGUUUAUACCUUCACCAACAGUGAUUUCUUUUCCAUCUUGGAAUGUUUCUAUCCACUUAUGUGUCCCCUGUGGUCUCUAUCCUAGGGGUUGGUAUCCUCACUUGACAUUUUGUACGUGUCCAAAAGAGUCUAAGUGCUGGGUUUUUCUCCCUGACCCAAGCCAAGGGGUUAUCAGGAGACUAACCGAAGCCUGAGAAAUGCCUGGUCAUUCUCCCUCUGCCCAGAAGUGGGCAUUGGCCAGGAAAAUUCCAUCUCUGUCUUUUCUCUGAUGCUCCAACCAGGGACCUCUCCUGAUCACUCUCUUAAAAAGAGAUGUGUUCCUAACAGACCAGUGCUGCGUCUGCCGAGGGCAGCCCUCCUCUGGCCCCAGAGGUCUCUCGGGGAAGCUGAAGGGAAGAGACCCACAGGGAUUCAGCCUGAGCACGUCCUCUCCGGCUCCACUCCACCCUCUUAGCCUCGUGGCCCCAGCUACAGGUGCACUAGGGCGCCAGCUCUUUUCCAUGUAGACCUUGCUCUGUAGCGGCCAUGGAGAAGCUACAGCCCUGAACUCGGGCCAAACUCAGGAACAGCAGCAAGGGUAGGGGUGGGGGGUGGAGGUACAGGACUCUGAAUUCACUUUCAUGUUUAACCUGUUCCGUCUGAUUGGGUUUGACAACAUCAUAUUGUUCCCCACUAUCAUCUUCACUUCUGUAUUCCAAUAAUUAUAGACUUUACUCUGAAA